AUGGCCGUUCAGGGCAGUGGGAGCCCCGUGAAUCGAUCGCUCGAGGCGGAGCUGCGAGGCAUUGACAGCGGCCUACAGCGCCUGCUCCUUGCCAUUGCAGAAUCAGUUGCAUCAGUGUCCCAGCUCUUUCAGACCAGCUCGGCCGACAAACUCACAGGAGGCGUGAACCCCAGCGGUGACAAGCAGCUGCUCGCUGACUUGCAAGCAGACGAAGUCAUUUUCCGGAACCUGAAGGAGAGCGGCGUGGUCAGCCUGGCAUGCAGCGAGGAGCAGCCUGAUGUCGUUCACACCGGCGGCUCCGGAUAUUGUGUGGCGUUCGACCCCCUCGACGGGAGCAGCAUAUACGGAGCGAACUGGGCCGUGGGAAGCAUCUUCGGCGUGUGGCCGGGCGACCACUUGAUCGGGCGCACGGGGAGGGAGCAGUCCGCCGCAGCAUAUGCCCUGUAUGGUCCGAAAACAUUGCUGGUCGUUGCCAGGCCCGACACGUCAGGAGGCGCGACCGCACCGCUGCACGCGCAUGGGAGGAAUUUCGUGGCGCAGGAGUUUGUGUUGUGUCGCGGCAAGGACGGGGCGCCGCACGAGUGGGUCCUGUCCAAGGAGAGGUUGUCGGUGAAGGAGCGGAAAGUCUUUGCCCCAGCGAACAUGCGCUGCGCCGCCGACAACGAGCAGUACCGACAGCUGCUGGCACACUGGAUCGAGAGCAGGUACACACUGCGUUAUUCAGGCGGCAUGGUGCCGGACGUCCACCAUGUGCUGAUCAAGGGCGGUGUGUUCUGUUCUCCGUCGUCGCCAAGCGCGGCAGCCAAGCUGCGACUGCUGUUCGAGUGUGCGCCCAUGUCUCUCAUCGUGGAGGCCGCAGGGGGGCGCGCGAUCUGCGAGUCCGGGCCGUUGCUCGACAAGAUCGUCGAGGACACUGACCAGCGCACCACAAUCUGCGUCGGAUCCGGCAGCGAGGUGGACAAGUGCCGCGCGGCGAUGGGCGCCCCCGCCCAGUGA